CUUCCCUUUCGCACUUCGACUUCCUCGUCGACCUCAUCAAGACCAUUGCGGCUGGCCCGUCAUGGUUCUUUUGGUGUCAAUGCGAGGCUUGUGUCUUGCAUUGCUCCUCCUGACCUCAGUUGCUUGCGCAGGUGACAACAAGUCGCUAUCCCGCCAGCUCUCUAGACUCGAUUCUUCGUCAGGGUCUUCCGAACCCGACAGCCCAAUCUCAGUCCUGCCCUCCUCCUUCAAGAGCCUCACCGACUCCGUCCACAACAAGGACGUUGAAAGAGUCAAGGGGAACGAGAACACUUUAACGCUUUUUGAACAAGAAGACCCAAAGACAAGGACAGCGCGGCUGGACAAGUUGUACCACAGGGCCAAGCAGUCCCACGGCCGCCUUUCCACACUCCGCCCCUCCGGUCGCUCCAACUCGCCAUCGCAUCAGGAGAAGCGGUCUGAUGAAGGAUCACAGGGUUCAUCAGAGGAGGAGGAGAAAAAGACAGUGGAUCUCGUUGACCUCGCAGGCGAGGAAAAAGGAGAGAAGCCGGCUUCCUCCGUCCCAACGUCCCCUUCGCAGACUGUCUCGUUCUCGCACCAACCUGACGACCAUUCGCCCUUGCUGGACGAAAAGCCAGUGAUUGAGAAGCCGGACCCCAAGCCUUUCUAUGGCUCGAAAAAGUAUUUCGACAACCAGAAGGAUAGGGAGAAAGUCCACGAACGUAAAGCACAUCCCAAGCACUCGUUGCCAGAAGAACACUCGUGGAUUUCUGGUGAAGAGGCGCCUCGGCUCGAAGAAGGACUCCACAAACGUGAGAAACUCGCUCUUGAGAAGGAAAUGGACGAUGGGCACAUUGAAAGAUGGGGCCAUAAAGGUGAAGAGGGAGAAGAAGAGAGCAUGAAGGGCGCUGCCUUGCCAUCGACGAGCGGGCUUGAUCCUCGACCCCUCUCUCCCGCGGUCAGGACACAUACUUCACCGAUUCAUUCCCCUCGCACUGAUCACGAAGGCACUGGCAGCGUCAAUAUGAUGCAAGACAAAUUCGAUGAGAUGAAGAUCACUUCUCCGAGUCGCGACAACAGUAUGCCUGGAGCUUCCACACCCAGCAAACCUGCUCGAAAAAGGGAAGAAGAGGAUCUAGUUAAGAAGAUAAGCAGAGCGGAGGCGAAGGUCAAUAAGAUGGAGGCUGCCCGUAAGAAGAUCGAUGAAUUUAUCGAAGCGAGUCGCUUGGGAAGAAGAGAAUUGAUAAAAAACCUCAUCAAGGCCCGAAAUUAUCUGAGGCGUCUGAAGAGGGAGUGCAUCGGACAAGCUGCAAAGAGAGGAACCGAGGAUGGCACCAACGUGCCUUCGGAGCCACCCAGGGUGGGAGAGAAGUUUGAUACUCUCUCAGACCCAGGCGCCGAGCCUCACAAGAUGAAGCCCAGUGGCACGAAAAGCGAUUCCGAUUCUGGAAGCGGAAAGGAAGCGCACAAACUUCAAGUCCCCCCCAAAGAGCAGGAAGAGGAGGAGGAAAACGCGCUGAGGCGGCGCAGUAGUCUCUAUAAACGUGAAAAACUCGAUCCUGAAGCGAAAGUGGACGACUGGGUCAUCGAAAAGAGAGGCAACAGGGAGGAAAAAGAAGACGAGAGCAUGGGGGAAGCUACCUCGUCAUCGACAAGCAGGCUUGAACCUCGACCUCUCUCUCCCUUGGCCAGGACAUCUACUUCACCGAUUCAUUCCCUUCGCACUGAUCACGAAGGCACUGGCAGCAUCAACAUGAUGCAAGACAAAUUCGAUGAGAUGAUGACCACUUCUCCGACUCGCGACAACGAUAUGCAUGAAGCCUUCACACCCGGAACUACUGAUGAAGACGAGGAAGAAGAGAAUCCAGCUGAAAAGCUGCAAAGAUGGAAGGCGAAGGUCGCUAAGUUCAAAAAGGCCCGCAACGAGUACGAUGGAACCCUCAGGUGGGCCCGUAAACUUCUGGAGAAACUGAAAAAGAAACCUUCGGAGCAUGCUGCAGAGGGACUCACUGCUCAAAACGAGGAAAAAGCGGAAUCAGCUAAUUGCCAUUGCCAAAAGCUAGCGGAGGCGGAGAUUGCUGAGUUAGAAAAGGUCAUCGAGAAGAACGCUGAAAAACUCAGAACGGCCCGUCGGACUGUGAAGUGUGUGAAGGGGAAGUGUCCGAAGCAUACUAAAAAGAGACUCGCUGCACAGAGACAACACGAGGCACGCACCAAGCCAUUAGAGCCACCCAGGGAGGGAGAGAAAGUUGAGACACUCUCAGACCCAGGCGCUGAGCCUCACAAGAUGGAGCCCAGUGGCACGAAAAGCGCCUCCGAUUCUGGAAGCGGAAAGGAAGCGCACAAAGUUCACGUUCACCCCAAAUUGCAGGAGGAGGAGAAAACGGCGCUGAGGCGGCGUAGUCAUCUCUACAAACGUGAGAUACUCGAAUCCGAGACGGAAGGGGACAACCGGGACAUCGAAAAGAGAGGCAACAGGGAGGGAAAAGAAGACGAGAGCAUGCAGGGCGCUGCCUUGCCAUCGACGAGCGGGGUUGAUCCUCGACCCCUCUCUCUCUCGGCCAGGACACCUUCUUCACCGAGUCAUUCCUCUCGCAUUGCUCAUGAAGACAUUGACGGCGCCCACACGAUGCAAGACACCUUUCAUGAUGAGAUCAAGACCACUUCUCCUGCUCGCGAAACCGACAUGCUUGAAGGUUCCACAUCCAAGAAAACUGAUGACGAGGAAGGAGAGGAUCCAGCUCUAAAACUGGAGAGAGCGAAGGCGAAGAUCGACAACUUAAGAGGUGCCCGCGAGAAGAACCAUGAAGAACUCAAAGAGGCCCAACGAGAAUGGCAGGAUCUGAUAAUGGAGUCUUUGAAGCUUGAUGCAAAGGUACCCACUGCUCAAAGCAAGGAAGAAGCGGAACUAGCUCAAAAGGAAAGCGAAGAAGUAGCGCAAUUAGCUCGGAAGGAAAAGGAGGUGGACAAGAAGCUAGAUAAGAUAUACAGGGUCCUUGCAAACAUCGAGGAAGAACUCAAAAAGGCCCAUCAAAAUCUGAAGAGGCUGGAGGGAAAGAGUCCGAAGCAUCCUGAAAAGGGACUCGCUGCAAAGGGAAGGAAUAAGAAACGUCCCAAGCUAUCGAAGCCACCCAGGGAGGAAGAGAAAAUUGAUACACUCUCAGACCCAGGCGCCGAGCCUCAAAAGAUGGAACCCAAUGGCACGGAAAGCGACUCCGAUUCUGGAAGCGGAAAGGAAGGGCACAAAGUUCAAGCUUCCCCCCAUGAGCAGGAGGAGGAGGAAAACGCGCUGAGGCGGCGUAGUCAUCUCUACAAAAGUGAGAAACUCGAAUCCGAAACGGAAAGGGACGACCGGGACAUCGAAAAGAGAGGCUUUCCCGAUGAAGAAGAAGAUGAGAGCAUGGAGGACGCUGCCUCGCCAUCGACAAGCAGGCAUGAAGCUCGACCGCUCUCACCCUCGGCAGAGACACCAACUUCACGAACUCAUCUUCUUCACACUGACCACGAAGGCACUGGCAGCAUCAAUACGGUGCAAGACAGACUUGAAGAGAUGAAGAUCACUUCUCCGGCUCGCGACAACGAUAUGCCUGAAGCUUACGAGCCCAGAGACAAGGCCCCGAAGGAAGAGCUUCGAAAGCAAGAACGGCCCGCUGAAAUGUCUUAUAGACUGGAUCUAAGGAGGCUCUUAAACAAAUGGCAACGGGACGACGUUGCCAAAGCUGAAUAUCGACGGCACCUACGACAGAAAUUCAAACACUUGACAGCAUCUGAAGCCCGGAAGGUGAUGAAAGAACGGUCAAGGCUCAAAGCAAGGGAGCGUAGGCACGAACGUAAUUUAGGGCUGCGAGAAACUGGUUUUCGAAUCGGGAAGGCUCCGAAGAGAGUUUCAAGGGCUAGGAAGAGCCACGGAGGGCCUGAUACGAUUCAUGAAAGUGAUUCGGAGGUUGAACAAGAGCUGCUACGAUUAAGAGCUCAAGAGCUAGCACGAGCUAAAAUUGCCUGUGUGGCAAAGAAUGGGAAGCUUCAGAAUCAGAACGCCGCAGCGAUAAGCGAUGAGCAGCGUCACAGCGCUCCACCGGAGCCACCCAGUCCCGACGAGGAAUCUAGUUCAUCAUCAGACACCAGUGCGGGGAGUACGGAAAGCGACUCCGACUCUGGUUCCGAAAGGAACGUCGGCAAAGUUCAGUUUCGACCCGAGGAGCAGCAGCAGGGAAUGGAGCUGAGGCGGCGCAGUAGUCUCUACAAACGUGAGGUACUCGAUCCCGAAACAGAAGUGGACGACUGGGAUAUCGAGAAGAGAGGCAACGACGAUGGUGAUGAAAAAGAAGAAGAAGACGAGAGCGUGGAAGACGCUGCCUCGCCAGCGACAAGCAGGCAUGAAGCUCGACCUCUUUCUCCCUCGGCAAAGAUACCAAUCUCACGGCCUCAACUCCAUCGCGCUGAUCAUGAAAACAUUGGCAGCGUUGACGUGGUCAAAGACAGAAUGAGGGACAUGAAGAUCACGUAUCCAGCCCACGACAUCAAUUUACCUGAAGCUUACGAGCCCAGAGACAAGGCCCAAAAGAUAAAGCUCCGAAAGCUGGAACGACCCGCUGAAACGUCCCAUAGAUCGGUCUCGAGUAGCGAACUCUCAAUUAAGAGGGAGAGGGAGGCGGAGCGCCUUUGGGAAGCUGAAGUCCAACCUUCAGCACCACCUGAACCCCAGGAGGAAGAGAGAGAACGCUUAAGGCUCGAAAGAGAGCACAUGCUGGAAGAUAAUCCAAGUCUGCAAGAAGAACGAAGAGCUCAUCUCGAAGGCUUUUUUCAAAACCCGAGGGCAUUAAUCUGCAAGAAGAACGAAGAGCUCAUCGCGAAGACUUUUGUCAAGCCCCGAGGGCAGAUUGCCACUCCUCAAUGGGGUGGAAGACGAACUGGUGGAGGCGCUUCUCGACAUGGAGCACAAGCUGGAUCUAUUGGCCGUAAGGAAGCAAACAUCCGGAGGCAGAGCAUGAAGCAGACUGCAGCGGCCAUGCUAAAAAAGAAGCGCCUCAACGGUCCAUCGGAGCCACUCAAGGAGGAAGAGAAAGCUGAUCUGCUUUCAGACUCAAGCACCGUGCCUCACAUGAUCAGUUCCAGCAGCUCGAAUAGCGAUUCCGGCACUGAACGCGAAAAGAAAGCCCACAAAGCCAAGACUCACCCCGAGCAGCAGCAGCAGCAGCAAGACGCGCUAUGGCGGCGUGGGCUCGGAGACGGGGAGGCUGAGGAGUAUGUUUCAGAAAGCGAAGAGGGUGAGAUGCGCAGCGACGAAGAUGACAAGGGCAAGGGUGAGCUAAGCAGCGACGAGGGUGACAGGGGCAAGGGUGAGGACAGACGUAACCAGCUUUAUUGA